CGCCAUUCUUACAACCGAAGCUUUCGCCACAAGAAAUUUCAUACUUGCCCGCUCAGCUUUGCGAAGGCUAUUCGUUGUAUUUUUGCUGUGAUUUCGGCAAUUUGUUGUGUCGAUAUUGAGCGGUGAUUCUAUUUCGCCUCCACCUAUGGCUACUAGAAUUCUUGCUAACUUGAUCGUCAUGGGCUCUGGAAUAAUGGUGAGAGCAUUUGUUCAAGCAUAUCGUCAAGCACUUGCAAAUGCCUCAAAGAAUGGCGUUGCACAAGAAGCAGUGCAAAACAUCAGAAAAGGCAGCAAAGCAAUGACGGAGUCAGAGGCAAGACAAAUCCUCGGCAUAACCGAGAACUCGACAUGGGAAGAGACUCUGCAGAGGUACAACAACCUAUUUGAGCAGAAUGCUAAGAGCGGUAGCUUCUAUCUCCAAUCCAAAGUUCACAGAGCCAAAGAAUGUCUAGAAAGCGUUCAUCAACCAAAUGUCAACUGAAAUCGACCUACAAUUUUCUCACAGCAUCUCGUCCGAACAUCUCAUUGGUUCGUUUUUCUUACUACACUUUACUUCAUCCUUUUGCUGGCAAAAGAAAAAAAAAAAGAAAAAGAAAAAAAAAGGUACAUGGUAAUCUAUCUGUGGGAAAAUAGAUAGAUUUUUGUUGCCAUGCUCAUUCAUUAUAUAUUAUAUAUGUUGACAUGACAUGACAUGACAUGACAUGCUCUUGGACAAAGGUAAUCAAAUAAGUAUUUUGUUUGCCAAUUGAUCCUGUGUUGUAAUAACAGAUGAUCUCUGAAGUUGCACCAGUAAUAUCCGAGAUCCCAAAGCUACAUUUUACCUGUGAGUAUCAAAUUGUUGGAGUCAUUGGGAUAUGUGUUUGUUUGUAGUUUUUCUGAAUAAUACUAUUCAUUAUAUGGUAUGGUUUGUUUGGUUA